AAUCAAAUCAUCAUUCUGUUCACAUCAGUUCAGUCGUUGACAUUAGAAAAUUUUCAACUAUUCAAAAUGGCUCCAGGAGGAAAAUCGGCAGGUAAAGCGAUGAAGAAAUCGUCCGGCAAGGCACAAAAGAAUAUCGCCAAGUCCGACAAGAAGCGCAAGCCCAAGAGAAAAGAAUCGUACGCCAUCUACAUCUACAAAGUGUUGAAGCAAGUACAUCCCGACACGGGUGUGUCAUCCAAAGCGAUGAGCAUCAUGAACAGUUUCGUCAACGAUCUUUUCGAGCGCAUCGCCACCGAAUCUAGUCGUCUGGCACACUACAACAAGCGGUCGACCAUUACUAGCCGGGAAAUCCAAACAGCCGUCCGACUUUUGUUGCCCGGUGAAUUGGCAAAGCACGCCGUCAGUGAAGGCACCAAGGCCGUGACCAAGUACACCAGCUCCAAAUAAGUCUCUAGUUUUUGAAAUAAUAUUACUCUACCAAAACGGCCCUUUUCAGGGCCACCAAUCUCAAUACAUUUUUUUUGUUGCAUUA